AUGGGGAAUUUGAAUGUUACUUCCAACCUAAGAGAAGAAAUCCAACAAGGACAAAUGCUAGAUGAGAAAUUUGCAAGAUAUGUUAAAUCAACCAGAAUUUGUAUUCCGAAUGAUGCUGAAUUGAAAAGAAAAGUUUUGGAAGAAGCUCACAAAGGCGCAUUUACCAUACAUCCAGGUUCAUUAAAGAUGUAUCAAGAUUUGAAGAAUGACUAUUUAUGGACUGCAAUGAAAACGGAUAUUGCGGAGUAUGUCUCUGAAUGUACGGAUGGUCAGACUGAGAGGAUGAUGCAAACAUUGAAGGAUAUGUUAACAGCUUAUAUGCUUGAAACUGGAGGAAAUUGGAAAGAGCUUUUACCAUUGAUUGAAUUUGAAUACAAUAAUAGUUACCAUGCAAGUAUCGAAAUGGCUCCUUAUGAAGCUUCGUAUGGAAAUAAAUGUAGAACACCUUUGUAUUGGACGGAAGUUGGUGAAGAAAGGAUUUAA